AUGGGCUCCGCGUCAUUGUUGCUGGGACACGCCCACCCGGAGGUGGUUAGCGCACUGUCUGCGGUGCUGGCCGACGGGUCCCACUUCGGUGCGCCCACCGAGUCUAUGCUGGAAUGGGGCGAGCGCGUCUGUACGCUUAUGCCUUCCGCCGACAAGGUGCGGUUCGUUGGCUCCGGCGCCGAGGCCACCAUGCUGGCCAUGCGCGUCGCCCGCGCCCACACCGGCAAGGAGAAGAUCAUCCGCUGGGAGUCCCACUACCACGGCUGGCACGAUUACGUCAUGCCCGGCAACGUGCCACCCUUCGACGUGCCGGCGUCCAUCGGCAUUCCCCAGGGUGUCAUCGACUCCAUCGUCGUCCUUCCCACCGACCUGACCGCGCUGGAAAACGUCUUGAACAACGACGACAACAUUGCCGGCGUCAUCACCGAGGCAUCGGGCGCUUCCUACGGCACCGUGCCCCUGCCCGAAGGCUUCCUGGAAGGCGUGCGCCGCCUGACCCGCGAGCACGGGGUGGUCAUGAUCCUCGACGAGGUAAUCACCGGGUUCCGCUGGGCGCCCGGCGGCGCACAGGAGAGUCUUGGCAUCGACCCUGACCUGUUCACCAUGGCCAAGAUCCUCACCGGCGGUCUGCCCGGCGGCGCCGUUGCCGGCCGGGACGAGGUGAUGGCCGUCAUGCACCAGACCGGCGACAGCCACCACGACCGCUACGAGCGCGUCCUGCACGGCGGCACAUUCAACGCCAAUCCAUACGCCGCCGCCGCCGGCAACGCUGCCCUGCGCCUGGUCGCCACCGGCGAGUACAACGCCCAGGCCGACCUGAUGGCCGAGCGGCUCCGGGUGGGUCUGCGCGAAGUAGUGGACCGGCGGGAGCUCAAUGCCACCGUCUACGGCGAGGCGUCAACCUUCCACCUGUACUUUGGCGAACGCAGCAUCGCCGGCCUGGACGCGUCCCGCCUCAAGGACCAGCCCAUGGCCAUUCAGCGCAGCCUGCGCCAGGCCCUGCAGGUUCGGGGCGUCGACCUGAUGUCCCGCACCAGCGGCGUGCUGUCCGGCACCCACACCGAGGCCGACAUCGACUUCACCAUCGAAGCCUUCGACGGCGCCAUCGCCGCCAUGAUGGACGAGGCCUGGUGCAGCACUAGGCCGCACCGGGCACAUCCGGCCACGGCAAUCGGCCCCCGUCCGUUGGGGAUGGGGGCCGAUUCUAUGCCCUACAACUCGAUGGCAUCCCCCACGCGUACCGUGCCGGGCUUUUCGACCAGGCCGUACACGCCGAAAAACGCCGCCGCCGGGUUGGGACGAUAG